AUGGCGAAUGAAUUGAAAAGAUUAUUUUUGAAGGUGAUGUUUGCAAUGUUUUCCAUACUACUUUUAGUAGGAUUUUAUGGAUUUAUCAAGGAAAACAGAUACAUUUAUUGGGGUGUGAUAAUUUCAUCCAUAUUAAUACUUUUGUCAGGGAUUACGGCAAUCUUUUGGAUAAAACUUUGUAAAUUUUGUGCACCAAUAUUUAUAAGAACGUUAAUUAAAGUUAGUAAUAAUUUAUCACCGAUAGUGAAUUAUUUAAAUAAUACGAGAAUCAUAGGACCGAUACUCUCAUGGUGUGUUAAAGUAACAUUCUUCUUUUGGUUUAUUGUCUUAUUGUUGGGAGAUGCGUUAAUUAGAGUCAUCUUAUCGAGAGCAACGGGAAUUCAUAAAGAGUCAGGAUUUCAUUAUAGCCCUGUUAAUGCUUCCGAUAUAAACUUUCAACCUUUAGGAUUAUUUGAGAAUGGUGAAGAAUUAGGAAUGAAUAAAAGAUUGUACGGUGAUUUUUUUCCACAUUAUAACAAGAAAUUGGCAUUAUCCUUGGCCAUGGCAUCUAAAUUGGCUUAUGAAGAUGUUCCGAUUAUCCAAUCUGAAUUAGAAAAGUCUGGUUAUGAUAUGAAUUCAUUUAAACCUAUAGCUUAUAGAAAUGUUUGUGGAUAUAUAGCAGAGAAAGAUGAUAAUAUUAUCUUAGUAUUUAGAGGUUCCAAUCCAUUAAAUAUUCAAAAUUGUUUAACUGAUAUAAGGGCUCUCCUUUGUAAAAUUGAAUCAUCCACUCGAGGUCCAAUGGGUUUGGUACAUGAAGGAUUCUAUGAAGCAUUGGGGGAGGAUUUAAAUGAAUCACCUCCUGAAUCACAAGCCACCAUAGAAUUAUCAAACGCUUCCUUGGUUAAAACUUUUGAAACCAUAUUUGGCGCGUUGAAGACGGUGAUGUUUUUUGCUCUUCAAAGUAUGGUCACUCAUAUACAUGAUCCUGUAGAUCAUAGAUAUCUCGGCGAAGAUGCGAGAUUUAUUAGCGCAUAUAGUCAAGCUACAAGAUGGAUAACCAAGUUAUGUAAGGAAGCCGAAGAGGAUAAUGAGCAAGAAAAAAAUAAUGAUCCCGGAAACGAAAGGUCAAAUGAUGUUAGACAAAGAAAAUCGAAAAAAUGCUUGUACAUCACAGGACAUAGUUUGGGUGGUGGUUUAGCAACUGUAUUCUUGGCCAAAUUAUUUCAACAUAAUAGUCCUUUGCUUAAUAAUUUUUCUGGUAUAUAUACAUAUGGUCAACCAAAUAUAGGAGAUAACGAUUUCGCGAAAAUUUUUGGUCCUGAGAUCGGAAAGAAAAUGUUUCAUCACGCUUAUAACAAUGAUGUGGUUACUAGAGUUCCUAUGUGGGCUCCUUAUUCCAAUCCACCCGGGAAUCUAGUGUACAUGGAUGCUUCAUUUUCUAUAUACAUAUACCCUCCUGAUCCUGUUACAAAUCUUCCUAUUCCCGUACGUAAAAUUUCUUACUUACACCUUUCUGGUAUUCUAAAUCUUAACGUAAUAAGAAGAAUGAAAAAUGAAAGUUGGCUGAGAAUUUUCUUAAGAAUCAUGUUCCCGUUUUUUAUUAAUGAUCAUUUCCCUGGGGAUUACGCUCGCGCUAUACGUGAAGGUACUAUAGAAAGAGUUAUUGUUGGUUUACCAGGUCAAGUUGGUGGUUUCGAAAAG